AUGACUGUGGUCAAACGUCAUACUCUGACGUCAAACGCUUCGGCUCCCGGUGGUGCACAGUACACGCCUUCAGCCACUGACAUGAUACCCGUAGAGGUAGAUGGAUCAUCAUUGAACUAUGUGAGCGCUUCGGUCCCCGGCAAUGUCAGUCCUUCCGGCACAGGACUCAGUUCCGAAGCCGAGGUGCUCAAAGCCCUGAAAUCUUUAUUCGAACAUCACAAAGCACUGGAUGAAAAGGUCCACGACCGACUACGGGCAGCACAGAAUAAAGUAUCCGAUCUGGAGGCUGAACUUGAGGCCACAAAGUCUCUUGUCUACGCUCGAUCCAACGAGAAUGUGGACAAACGUUUCGAAAACCGGGAGGCUCAAACAGAUGUGAGUGGUGAUAGCAUACAGUUAAUGGAAUCCGAGGCCGGAUUUGGGGCGGAAAUUUCGAAACUGCGUGAGUUUAAAAAGUUGACAUUGAUGAAGCGAUUUUCUCUUCCUAAUGAUUACUAUGCCUACCCAUUCUCGUUGUUGUUUUCUACCAUUUUGUAA